UCAACAACAACAAAAAAACAAACCCAAUGUUUGGAACAAUAAUAUUAUCGUUAAAUCUUUCACAGUACAUCAUGAUGCAUCUUCGCUGAACAAAUUUUACUUCAAAUCGGAUACCAAAUCUUAAUUUAACGAAAAAAAACAAAACAUGGAUACGACUAAUAUUCAAGUUGGUAUAAGAAUAAGACCCUUAAUACGCAGAGAGAUCCAGACUAACCAGACUUGUUAUUGGAAUGCAGAUAAUAAAAGAAUUUACAGUACAGAAAAAGAGUAUCAUUUUGAUGAAGUUUUUGAUUCUACAUCAUCAACUAUGAAUAUUUAUAAUAUUCUUGGAAAGCCAUUGGUUGAAAAUGCAAUGCGUGGUAUAAAUGGCACACUAUUUGCUUAUGGUCAGACAGCCUCUGGUAAAACUCAUACAAUUCUUGGCGAUGUAAAUGAAUUAGGGAUACUUCCUUUGGCAAUAAAGGAAGUUUUUGAUCACACAGUCAAGCAACCAGAUCGAGAAUUUCUUCUUCGUGCAUCUUUUAUUGAAAUAUAUAAUGAGGAAGUAACAGAUCUUUUGGCAAGUAAGAAAGAAAACAUUAAGAUUUUAACAAAUUCUGAAAAUGAUGUUGUUGUUGAAAAUCUCACAACUCACACUGUCAUUUCAUAUGAAAGCACAAUGGAUUUAGUACAAAAGGGAAUAAUUAAUCGAAAAAUUGGCAUUACAAACAUGAAUGAAAGGAGUAGUCGUUCUCAUCUAAUUUUUAGACUGGUUAUAGAAAGUAGAGAAAUCUUAGAACUAAACAACAGUAUGGAAGCUAAUGGUACCAUCAUAGCUGCUGAGCUAAAUGUUGUUGACUUGGCUGGUUCAGAAAGAGCUGGCCAAACCGGAGCCCAAGGUAUUCGUUUAAAAGAAUCAUCCUUUAUAAAUACAAGUUUGAUGUCACUUGGUGUAGUUAUCAGAAAACUUAGUGAAGGUGAUAAAAGUUGUCAUAUUCCUUAUCGUGACUCUAAACUCACUAGACUGCUUCAAAAGUCUUUGGGAGGUAAUGCUCGGACAUGCAUUAUUUGCACUGUUUCACCAGUUGUUCUUGAAGAAACACAGCAAACACUAUUAUUUGCAUCCCAGGCUAAAGAAGUUAAAAAUCGACCAACUGUUAAUGAGGUUCUGGAUGAUAAGUCAAUGAUGCGCAAACAGAUGAAUGAAAUAAACCUGUUAAAGAGGAAAAUUAUUGAAUUGGAAACAGGAAUAUCACAUUCAGAGAAAGAUAAAAUUCUUGCUGAACAAAUUUCUUACCAACAAAAGAUUGAAAAACAAAGAGAGCGCAUAUCCCUUCUUCUAAAAGAAAUUGUUUGUACUGGAAGAAGAAGUUUUCAAAAUGUCACAAAGAAGGAUAAUAUGAGGAGACUGACAUGGUGUCCUGGUGGUUUAUUAAAAAGUGGAAAAAACUUUAAUGAUAUUAAAUCAUUUGAUGAAGAUAUUGAAAUGGAUACUCUUGAUGGAUCCUUUGAAAAGAUUGAGUAUCAACUACUGAAACAAGAGUUUGACGAGUAUAAAGCUCAAACAUGCUCUCCUGAUGAAUAUAUAAAACUAAAAGAUAAACUUACUGCGUUAGAGAUUCAACAUGAAACAACAAAAAAUAAAUUAAGAGAUUUAAUAAUCAAUCAAGAACCACAUGAAGCUGUGCAAACACUCAGAGAAGAAAACAGCAGGCUGUGCAAUAAAAAUGAAGUUCUAUCUAAUGAUAAUGCAAAACUUCAAGCUGAAAUUGAUAUAAGUAAAGCCAAAAUAAAUUCAUUAAUUGAUGAUGUUGCUAUGUUACAAGAGCAACAAGAAUCAAUGGUAGACAAAGAUUAUCUUGAGCGGCUUAAAGAAGUGGUCAAUGCAAAAUCACUUGAGCUUGAAGAAUCCAGAAAAAAAUGUGAGCUUGAAAAUGAAGAGUUAAUUCAUGCUCUUGCAAAUCAAAAGAAACUUUGGAAUGAACAGGUAAUUUCUUUAGAAGAACAAAAAUUCAAUCUUGAACAAGAAUUACAUGCUGCCAACAAAAAAAUUAUUCACGAAUGCAAAAAAUCUGAAGACUUUCAGAAGGAGUUACAACUUUUAAAGGAACAGUUUUCUAUUCUAAAAGAAGAAAAUAGCAAAGCAAAAUCUCAAACUGAAAUGUUUGUUGAUGAAUGCAAUGAUUUGAAAUUAAAGUCUGACCUAUUAAUCUCUGCUGAUGAGGAUAUCAUAACAAAGAACCUAUUAGAUGAAUUGGAACUUUUGAAACAACAUUUAAGUUCGUUAAAUGAGGAAAAAGACAUUGCAGUUUCUGAAAAAGAAAUGUUAGCAAAGGAGAACAACGAUUUAAAAUUAAAGUUUAGUCAGAUUAGUUGUGAAGAAGAUAUUGUGAAAAAGAACUUAUCAGAUGAAUUGGAACUUUUGAAACAACAUUUAAGUUCAUUAAAUGAGGAAAAAGACAUUGCAGUUUCUGAAAACGAAAUGUUAGCAAAGGAGAACAACGAUUUAAAAUUAAAGUUUAGUCAGAUUAGUUGUGAAGAAGAUAUUGUAAAAAAGAACUUAUCAGAUGAAUUGGAACUUUUGAAACAACAUUUAAGUUCAUUAAAUGAGGAAAAAGACAUUGCAGUUUCUGAAAACGAAAUGUUAGCAAAGGAGAACAACGGUUUAAAAUUAAAGUUUAGUCAGAUUAGUUGUGAAGAAGAUAUUGUGAAAAAGAACUUAUCAGAUGAAUUGGAACUUUUGAAACAACAUUUAAGUUCAUUAAAUGAGGAAAAAGACAUUGCAGUUUCUGAAAAAGAAAUGUUAGCAAAGGAGAACAACGAUUUAAAAUUAAAGUUUAGUCAGAUUAGUUGUGAAGAAGAUAUUGUAAAAAAGAACUUAUCAGAUGAAUUAGAACUUUUGAAACAACAUUUAAAUUCAUUAAAUGAGGAAAAAGACAUUGCAGUUUCUGAAAACGAAAUGUUAGCAAAGGAGAACAACAAUUUAAAAUUAAAGUUUAGUCAGAUUAGUUGUGAAGAAGAUAUUGUGAAAAAGAACUUAUCAGAUGAAUUGGAACAAUUGAAGCAACAUUUAAGUUUAUUAAAUGAGGAAAAAAACACUGCGGUUUCUGAAAAUAAAGCAUUAGCAAAGGAAAACAAUCAUUUAAAGUUUACUCAGAUUAGCUCUGUUGAAGAAGAUAUUGUGAAAAAGAAUUUAUUAGAUGAAUUGGAACUUUUGAAACAGCAUUUAAGUUCAUUAAAUAAGGAAAAACAUAUUGCAGUUUCUGAAAAAGAAAUGUUAGCAAAGGAGAACAACGAUUUAAAAUUAAAGUUUAGUCAGAUUAGUUUUGAAGAAGAUAUCGUGAAAAAGAACUUAACAGAUGAAUUGGAACUUUUAAAACAACAUUUAAAUUCAUUAAAACAGGAAAAAGACAUUGCAGUUUCUGAAAAAGAAAUGUUAGCAAAAGAGAACAACGAUUUAAAAUUAAAGUUUAGUCAGAUUAGUUGUGAAGAAGAUAUUGUUAAAAAGAACUUAUCAGAUGAAUUGGAACUUUUGAAACAACAUUUAAAUUCAUUAAAAGAGGAAAAAGACAUUGCAGUUUCUGAAAAAGAAAUGUUUGCAAAGGAGAACAACGACUUAAAAUUAAAGUUUAGUCAGAUUAAUUGUGAAGAAGAUAUUGUGAAAAAGAACUUAUCAGACGAGUUGCAUUUUUUGAAGCAGCAUUUAAAUUUAUUAAAUGAAGAAAAAAACACUGAUUCCGAAAAAGAAAUGCUAAUAAAGGAGAACAAUAAUUUAAAAUUUGGUCAGAUUAGCUCUGUUGAAGAAGAUAUUUUGAAAAAGAACUUAUUAGAUGAAUUGGAACUUUUGAAGCAACAAUUAAAUUCAUUAAAUGAGGAAAAAAAUGCUGCGGUUUCUGAAAAAGAAAUGUUAGCAGAAGAAAACAAUCAUUUAAGAUUAGCUCAGAUUAGUUCUGUUGAAGAAGAUAUUGUGAAAAAGAAUUUAUCAGACGAAUUGUGUUAUUUAAAACAGCAAUUAAAUUCAUUAAAUGAGCAAAACAACAUUGCAGUUUCUGAAAAAGAAAUGUUGGCAAAAGCGAACAAUGAUUUAAGAUUAGCUCAAUUUAGCUCUGACCAAGAAGACAUUGUGAAGAAGAAUUUAUCAGAUGAAUUGCAACUUACAAAACAACGUUUAAUUUCAAUUAAUGAAGAAAGAAGCAUUACAGUUUCUCAAAAUGAAAUGCUUUUUAUUGAGAACAAUGAUUUAAAAUUGAAGCUGCAACAAUUUCACACUGUUGAAGAAGAAAUUAUGAAAAAGUAUUCUUCAGCUUUAGAUGAGUUGCAAAUUUUAAAACAAGAGUUGAACUUUGUCAAUCAGGAAAGAAACAGCGUUGUAUCUUUAAAUGAAAUGCUUGUUAAAGAGAACAAUGAUAUGAAAUUGAGAAUCAAUCACUUAACUUCUAUUGAAGAAGAUAUUAUGCAAAAAAACUUAUCAGUUCUAGAGGAAUUGCAACUUCUAAAGCAAAAGUUUGACUUUGUUAAUGAUGAAAAAAACAUAUCAUUGUCUAAAAAUGAAAUGCUCAUCAAGGACAUUGAUGAAUUGAAGUUAAAGUUUAAUGAAUCAAAAUCUAUGGAACAAGAUUUAAUGAAAAAGAAUUUAUCAGUUUCAGAUGAGUUGCAAUCAUUAAAACUACAGUUCAAUUCAGCUAAUGAAGAAAGAAAUAUUGCAGUUUCAGUUAAUGAAAUCCUUACUAAAGAGAACAAAGAAUUAAAACUUAAAGUUAACCAAUUUAGUUUUAUUGAAGAGGAAAUAAUGAAAAAGAAUGCAUUAGUUUUGGAUGAAUUGAAUCUAUUAAAGCAAAAUUUAAUGUCUGUUAAUGAAGAAAGAAACAAUACUGUUUCUGAAAAUGAAAUGCUUGUGAAAAAGAAUAAAGAAUUGAAAAUGAAAAUUGAUCAGUUGAAUUCUGUUGAAGAAAAAGUUUUUAAGGAUAAUUUAUCAGAUGAGAUGCAACGCCUUAAACAACAUUUAAAUUCAAUUUAUGAAGAAAAAAAUAAUGCAGAAAAUUUAAACGAAUUGCUUAGACAGGAGAAUGAUGAAUUAAAGUUGAAAGUUAAACAGUACAGUUGUUCCAUUAAUGAAUUUGAAAUGAAAAUAUUUGAUCUCACUCAAAGUUGCGAUAAAAAUAUAUUCGAACAACAAAAGAAAAUAAAUGAACUUAUUGACAUCAACAAAGAACUUAGUAUAAAAAGUAAUCAGCUUUCUGAUGAGAAGAAUCAGAUAUCUGAAGAACUUGAUUUAAUGACAAAUAAGUUUUCUGAUAUAGAGCAUAAUUUCUUGGUAACUCAAACGAAAAACCAUGACCUUAUGGAAGCAUUAAAAAAGGAGCAAGAAAAUUGUGCUAAACAGUGCAAGUUAUCAAAAAGUGCUUAUGAACGGAAAUGUGAUCAAAUUGAAGCAGAGACACAGGUUUUGAUGAAUACUUUAAAAGCGUUAAAAGCUGAAAAUAUUCAAAUAAUGGAGAUAAAUAAAGUAUUGAAAUCUGAAAUUUUAGUUGCAAAAGAAAAUUUAGAAUGUCAACAAAAUGAACAAAUAACAAUUAUAGAUAAACAUGAAAAACAUAUAAAAGAACUACAAAAUGAUAUUGCUUUACUGAACAAAAAGUUGGAAACUCACGAUGAAGUCAUAUCAAAAAACAAUGAUCUCGUACAAAAAGUCACAAGUUUAGAAGAAACUAAAAUUGAACUUGAACAAUCUCUUAACAAAGUUAAUAAGGCACUAAAGGAAAGCCAGUUAAAUAGUACUGAACAAUCUUCCCAAUUAACUUCAGUUGUACAUAAAGAAAACCAACCGUUCAAUAAUUCAGUUAAUUCAUUAAAGUAUGAAAAUUUGUCUAAAGAAGAAUUAAUAGACAAAAUAAAUCAUGUUGAACAUCUUCUUGAAUUAAAAAAAAAAGAUAUUUCUGUUUAUAACGAUCACCGUAUUGAACAAAAUGCAACGAUAGAACAACUCAAGAAAAAAAAUGAAGACUUAUUGUCUCGUUUAAAAAGACUUGAACAAAUUUUAACUGAUUUACGAAAACCUAGUGGUAAUGCUUCCACAAGAGAAUGGGAAGAACAUUGUAUAUCAUUAGAACGAAUCAAAGUUAGACUCGAAAGUCAGGUUUUACAUUUGGAAGAGAGAAAAAGAGUUUUAAAACUCCAACUUGAACGAUAUCAACAAGAAAAUACACAUUUAAAUGUAUUAAUUAAGCAAAAAGAUGAAAAGUUUGCAAAAGCUUCAAAAGAAAAUGAAGAAGAAAAAGAAAAACUAGCAAAUGCAAUUCAAAACUUAAAAAUCGAUAAUGAAAGAGUUUGCACUGGACUUAAAGAUGCUUUCAAUAGAAUGAAUGCUGCUGAGAAGGCAUUGACGGAAACAAAAUCUGUUGCAGAACUUGAGAUUUCAAAACGAGAUAGUGAAAUAGAGAGAGUCUCAAAUUAUCUUAUUCGUUCAUAUGAACGCUACCAGCACUAUAAAGGUAUUGCUAAAAACUGUCUUGAAAAUAAAUGUUCGGCUAAAAUCAAACCGAUUCAAAAUGAUGUCUUUACAAUGACAGAAAGUUAUUUUCCGGUUCUUUCAGAAAAAAGCACAGAACAAUUAAGUUCACAGAAACGUAGAAGUAAUGAACAAUUAGAAGGUGAACGGCAGAAGUCACGAAAAAAACUGUCAAACUCAAUAAAAGAAUGUGAAAACGAGGCAGAGUGUAACCAACAAUAAUGUUUUGGUGUAAUCAACAAUGUUUUUAUUCAACCAAUUCUUUUUAUUCUGUAUAUUUUUUUUAUAAGAAAAAGAGAAAGAAAACA